AUGGACUACUGUCUGCUCGUCUUCUCCUCCGUCGUUUCCGUUCUCUUUCUCAUCUCCAUCAUCCGUUAUUUCCGUCCUUCGCAGCCGGCGAGAACGAAAGCGACGGAACGGAGAAGAAGCUUCGGAACGCAGAAUCGGUACGAAUCGGUCAAUUCCUUCUCAUCUGUGCUCAGUUUCAGAUCUUCCGACUCUCCGAAAUCCGCGCGUAAAGUGGUUGAGAUGCACGACGUUCAGGAGCUGAAGCACUUGUCGAUGACCGAAUUGGAGCAGUUCAACGUUCAGUUCUGCAAGUUUACCGACAGAUAUUGGAGGGAGAUAUUCAGAAGACAGUACGCUUCGGAUUACUGUACCUGUGAACCAGACCUUUUCCAGAAAUGAUUCCCAUCACCCCGAUCAAAUCAACGUUUCCCGUUUGCAAACCUCGAAUAUCAUCACUGCUCUCGACGAGAACUUGCCGCCUGGAGCAUUGAGAGAAAUCACUGUUAUCGGUCAGUUUCGACUGGAUAUCCGUCGCGUACUCAUUUCCAUUCCAGGUCUCGUUCCGAAACCAUUUUCCUCGCGAAAAUGCGAAGUGAUGCGUUACUUGCGGGAUCGUCUCACCAAUUCUCCGGAUGUCGAGCUCACGUUCAAAGGCGAUCACCUUCGAAUUACAGCUGCUGGCAGGUCAUGA